AGGAAACCCGAGGAAGACAAAAUAAAGGACUUCCGGUCAAAUAGUUGCCUUUCAUAAUAAAUAUGAAAUAUUCAUAGUAUAGUGAAAAAACCUACAGUAAAGCUGUUUGACUUUCUCUUUUUAUUUAUACAUUUUAUUUUGUGGGUUUCGCUUAAUUUUGCUAAUUACAUACGUGCGUCACUAUUUUAAUACAAAUAUUACAAGACAAGCAAAGGUUAUUAAAUUUUGCUUUUUAAUUAUUCAUAGUAUGGAGACAUGACGACAUUAAAAUCCAGGUAGUUCUCAACAAUUUAGUACAGGUGCUUUACUUCAGUAAAAGUAUUUAACCUCCAUGAAAUACAAGUAAUGACUACAAAUAAAGGUCCUGCAUUCCGUGCUGUACUUAAACCUGCAGCGCAGCACUUUCACAUAUAAGCUGCUUCACUGCCACAUUAUUCUGUCUGAGAUUAGGUGAGGUGACAGCAGAAGGGAAUAUGGAACCUGUGACCUCCUCAUAGUGGUGUUGUUUGUGUAAUUACUGUUGCUGCCAGGAGGGGGAGACAAAAGCAGAAAGUAGAAGUGCUCACAACGCUGAAUGGACCUCGUCAGGGUUGGAUUAUUUACUUAAUAGAGCUGUUAUGUCUUAGCAAUAUUUGAAUGUUGUCACCGGUGGAGACAGAGCUAAUACUAACUACAUAAUAUGCUGUUUAAUGCUCAGCUCAUGAUGUGGACGUCAGAUCUGAAGAUCCCUUCACACCUGUAGUCCUGUCACACAGGUGUGUUCGCUUCUGUUGGCUGAUUGGUGCUGACUUUGACUCACAGCUCCGUCGCCCUCCUGUUGGUGCUGAACUCACCCAGUUACAGUAUCAGUCUUAGUGUUUGGUGACGUCCCAUAAUUCCCAGCCCCACCGAGCUGACACCUGACUGAGCGGUCAGAUUAAAGCAGUGAAGUAAAUGAAAGUACUAUGGAAAUCAGGAAAUACGAGUGGGUCAUGGAGGUGUCGUCUCACAGCCUCUUCCUGCUGCAGCAGCUCAACGUUCAGAGGGAGUUCGGCUUCCUGUGCGACUGUACUGUUGCCAUCGGAAACGUCUACUUCAAGGCUCACCGAGCUGUGCUGGCUGCCUUCUCCAACUACUUCAAGAUGAUCUUCAUCCACCAGUCCAGUGAGUGUAUAAAGAUCCAGCCCACAGACAUCCAGCCGGACGUCUUCAGCUACCUCCUGCACAUCAUGUACACCGGCAUGUGUCCCAAACAGCCGGUGGACCAGAGUCGGCUGCAGGAGGGCAUCAAGUUCCUUCACGCCUACCAGUUGUGCCGGAAACCUGGUGAGGGUGCUGCCGACACCGCCACUGACGUCGUCCGCAUGUCCAACCUGUAUGGCAUCCAGAUCUCCUCCCAGCUGGCCAACAAGGAGGCUCCUGGAGUCCCCAAGUCCACCACGGUGUCCCGCGGGGCCCCUGACGAUGGACGCUCCUCCGGCCGGGGGGGCCGGACCCACUCACAGCUGUCCCUAGCCGUUGGACUGGAGGGAGUCCCGUCAGACCGCCAGGCCUCUGCAUUACGCAAUGUUUGCUCAGUGGCAUCAGGAGACGACUCGGACAUCUCGACUCGCAUAAAGCAAGAGCGUUUAGAGGAAGAGGAAGGGGAGGACGGCGAGGGGGAGGAGGGGCAGGGAUUGGGGUCCCCGUCUCCUGCUCAGGGUAGCAGUCCCAGUCAGAGCCUCCUGUUCAAAGACCGGCCUCUGGUCUUGCUGUGUCCUCGUUGUGGGGAGCGCUGCUCCUCCCCCGAGGGCCUGCGGGAGCACCUGUUCAGUCAUGCCCUCGACCCUACUCGCCUGAUGGAGGGAUUGUCGCAGGGCAGCGAGCUGGACGCCGGCGUGGAGGAGGGGCCAACGGGGGCCCGGGAGCAGAUGGAUGCAGGAUGUCUGGAGGAGGCACUGAGGCAAAGCCAGGCACUCGCUAACCAGCUGGCUGCAGAGCUAAGGAGGAGCCGGGGGGGAGGAGUAGGAGGAGGAGGAGGAGGAGGAAGUAGCCCCACCCCCGCCAUCUUGCACUCACGUAAACGUAAGAUCGCCUGCGCCGUCUGCAGCCUGCGCUUCUCCCACAAGAGUCAGCUGCAGGAGCACAUGUACACCCACACAGGCAAACCGUCCCGCUACCACCGCUACAACCGCCUCUGCAGCCAGCUCUUCCAGGCCUCCGCCCACUUCUGUGAGGGCGCCACGGAGCCUGGUGGAGGGGGCGGGGCCUCGGCGGGUGCCUCCACACUCUCCGAGGAGGUCAACCGGGACACUCAGGACAACGGUAGCUCCUGCUACUCCCUAGACUCUGAGAUAUCCCAGGAGAGUGUGGACGGCGUGCCUGUCGAAUGAUGUCAUCAGGUGAACCAUGACAGGAGUUUCUCCGCAGUGUGGCGUGACUGAACUCACAGGGGGUUCCAUGGUCUGGGGGAGGUUCUCUCAGACUGGACUCUGAGGUUUGUGUUGUUUUGUUCUGUCCUGUACCUGCGCAGGUGUGUGUGUGUCAGUCAUGUGAUCAUAGUGUGGUGCUGUGGUCAUCAGCUGUCCGGGGCAGGCAGAGCUGAACCAUCGGAACUCAGAAAAAUAAUCCGCUCGAAUCACCUUGAAAGCUGUAGAAUGUGAUGGGAAUGUUUGCUGGUUUUCUUCUGCACUACAAACUGUUUGGAUGUUGGACUGACGGUUGGACGAAACAUCUGAGGACGUCACCUCAGACUUUCAGACUUUUCUGACAACAUCCUGAUCUUCACCAGCGAACAGCGAACUCCCCCUCAGU